UAAUAGGGGUAGGGGAACAAAGUACCGAAUUUUGUUUUUUCGUAUAGCAAAACGAAACCUAAGAAAAUUUUUUGGUUCAAAAACAAAUGAGGGGGCAAGAAUUGGGAAACGAAUCGAAAUUGGGUUAUUUCGUCUAAAAAUGACGAAUAGUAAAACGAAAUUUUGCAAAGUCUAGGUCCUAUCAACACCCUUUCCUUAAUUUUCCAACUUAAAACUUUAAUCGCUUUUUCAGAUUUUUAAUUAAAAAUAAUAAAAAUGAGUGUCAAUACACACUGGCUUUGGGAUCAUAAAGAUUUGGAAGAUACUCCUUCAGUUCGAGAUGGUGGCAUAUCUUUGGAAGAAGAAAAUAAAUUGAGAAGGGAAGGUGUGAAAAUGAUUAAAAAGAUGGGGAAAUCUAUUAAUUUGUUUGUUUUUUUAAAAAAUUUAAAGGAGAACAAAUCCAUUUAA